GAUUAUGGCGCGGGGGUUCCUCCUAUCUGCCCAGAGCAGACCAGACGCUGCGAAUAUUCUAUUAUCGUCUAUCUCUAAAGAGCCCCACAAAAGAUGCAGACUUUUGCUCGGCUUCCCCGUGUGGCAUCACUCUCAUCGUCAAACUCGCUAUGUUGCUCUAGCUCGCUACUCCUGUAACUCUUCUUCCCGACACCCGAUCGACAUGUCUAAGUACAGAGAAGCAUUCUCGCGGCGAAUGGCCAUGGCGGGGCUUCAACCUCAUCAUCGAAUUGCUUUAGGAGUCUCCGGUGGCCCCGACAGUAUGGCACUCUGUGUAUUAACUGCGUGGUGGAAAACGGCUGGUCUUAAGGCCGAAAGUGGUGGUCUUAUUGACGGGCUACUAGCAAUAAUUGUUGAUCAUGGAUUACGAUCAGAGAGCAAACAUGAGGCCGAUGUUGUCAGUCGCCGGGUUUCUGAAAUGGGGAUCAGAUGUGCGAUUGCCCACUGUGAUUGGUCAAAUGGCAGGCCAAAACUGGGCCAUUUGCAAGAAGCUGCUCGUGAAAUGAGGUAUGAAAUGCUUCAAAAAGUUUGUGUCCAACACCAGAUUGGUGUAUUGCUCAUUGCACAUCAUGCUGAUGAUCAGGCUGAGUUAUUUAUCCUGAGGCUUUCUCGAAAUAGUGGUGUGCUUGGACUUGCAGGCAUGCCUUUUACCUCCCAGAUUUUCUCCACACAAAUACAUUCCUACAGUGAAGUUCCACUGAAUUGUGGCAUCCUUCUUGUGCGACCUCUUUUAGAAUUUUCAAAAGAAGAUAUGUACAAGAUAUGCCAAGGGGGUUGCAAUGAUUGGGUUGAAGACCCAACAAAUCAAAGUCCAUUAUUUGCACGUAAUAGGAUACGAAUGUCUUUGAAUGAUUUGUCAUCGUCCACUUUCAAGUCUGAGCUAAACGCAGUCAUUUCAGCAUGUCGAAUGACACGAUCAUAUGUUGAUCAAUUUUGUUAUAGCUUGAUAAAUGAAGCUGUGGUCAUCAUGGAGCAUGGAUAUGCCAUUAUCGAUUUAAAGAUUCUAAAUACCUCAAAAAUUCUGGAUAUGUGCCUGGCAAAGUUCUUGUCCUUGAUUUUACAGUUCAUAUCGCAAAGGCAAAGGCCAAUCAGAGGUAGUGCGUUAAGAUUGCUGUUGGAUUAUAUUCGUACUUUCCCAUGCAAGAAAUCUCUCACAGCUGCUGGUUGUUACCUCUGCCCGGAUCCUGGUUCCAGGGGGUCCAGAGUCUUGGUUUGCUGUUCGGUUGACGGUCCUCUGCCUAUAAAGAAGGAAUUUUUUGAGCCAUUCCCUGAUCGAAAACUGCAAUGCUGUGUUUUGAAUGAGAUGGAAAAAAUUAUAGAACACGGAAAAUCAUAUGCAAGUCAAUCAGUUCUAGGUGCCUCAGAUGUUCAUUUUAUGGAUGUGACGUCUGAGUUAGUUCUGACUGAAGCAACAAGACUAAAUAUUAUCAGUGAGUCAACCCAUAGGAAUAUUAUUGAACUGCAGAGGGAAGAGACUGAUCGCUUCAAAUCUAAAGCUGAGGACAAGACUUGCUCAGAACCAAAGCAUGAAGUUGAUACUGUUACUACAUUCAAGCCAGGGCAAAUAUGUUACUUCAUGAAUAGAUUUAUUGUUACAUGGGGAUUGAAAGAAAACAUUGCUGAGGGUGCAUUAUCUGAUUUAUUUGCAUGUGGCAUGGAUUUGGUUGGCGAAAGCUGGAACUGUUCUUGCAUGUCGUGUGUCGUUGAUCAUAGCACCAGACCUGAAUUGCGUAACAUGAUUGAAUCUGAUUGGCUGUAUCUUGGAAAGUUGUCGAAGUACCCACCUCCCAAUAAUUUCGAGCGAGGAGGGGCUAUAAAAUCUAGUAAAAUAGAACAAAUAAUGGAGAAGAAAACUCCAUGUUUCCAUUAUGCCUGUGUAUCAGCACGGAAAGCUCUUCUGUUAUUAAAAUCUAUCCCAGUUGCUGCAAGAAGAAGCCUGCCUGUCCUGGUCAAUCAUCAUGGACAAUUGCUUGGCAUUCCAACUGUUAAUUUCAGCCAUUGUCCGCGCUUGAUUGCACAUGCAGAAUUCAAGCCAAAAAUACCCCUUGGGGGAGGCCAUAGUUCAUUCAUAUAGUAAAAUAGCUCCUGAAGUUUCCUUUCUACAUUUGACUGUUUUUCGAAUUAAGACGUGAGUCGCUGCUCUGGAGAUCCUCAAUUUGAAAUGAGAGAAAUUGCUCCAACAUCCUUCCUAGCAACUUCGAAGUAAUCAGAGCGGACAUGAUGGAGAUGGCACCGCAUUCAUGUUGUGGAGGCCCAAAAGCCAUAAUCUGCUUCUCAGCCAGCAAAUUCCACAUGAAAGCCUCCUGAAAAUUUCAAGUCAGAGUCAUGGUGGAUCUUAGGGCGAUGGCUAUGGAAGUGUCCCGGAGGUAUAGUAAUGACAGGGUGGGGGAAAUUGUAAAAAUAGCUGAAGAUGCUGUAAUCUCCUCGGGCUAAAAAUUUACGAUUCGCCUGCCACGGACUGCGCAGGAUUUGUCUCAGAUAUACGUUGGGGCAUUCCUGACAAAAAGACCAUGGAACUGGGCUAAAAGGUUCUGUGACUAAUGCAGUUUGAAAUUUUACUGCUAUUGCAGCAGUUAAGCUUUUAUUCCAUGGUAAAAUUCACUCAGGUCAAAGUUGAUCCUCAAAUUGUAGCAGAUCUCUUCAACUCGUCUGACAGAUCAGACGAGUCUUGUGAGGAGCAUGGACACGCAUUAUGUGGUUCCCAUGAGAUGAGAGAAUGUGAUAGUUUUACCUUGGGCUAGUCCCACUUUUGUUGCAGAAAUAAAAUUCAAUCUUAUAUGCCUACCGCCGUGAAACAGAUUAUUAAGCUGUGUAUAAAAUGACAGAUCUGACGCUGCCUUGUUUGAAAUGAAGAGUUUCUUGCCAUUGUA